CCGAAGAAUACACGGCAAUGGCCGGCCAAAUCCCGCCAAAAUCAGCAACAAGAAUCCAUGCAUCUCCUUCUCCUUCCCUCUGCAACUCCCCGCCAUUAUUACGGCCCUCCUUCCCUCCUCAAUUUACACAUGCUUCUCCUCUUCAUCCCCCCAAGAGACGAUCCCAUCUUUCCCUUCCCUCCAUUAUAAAUCCCUCAAAAACAUCACCCCAAAAUCAAAACUCCUCAAGCCCUCCAUGGCUCUCAAUGCUUUGCAUUACUUCAAUCUCUCUAAACCCAGUUUUUCCGCUCACCCGCUUCGUCGAACGCUUGGCGGGCCCUUUGUUUGCUCUAGUGGAGUUCACAGGGAUGAAAAAGAUGGAAACUUGGGAGCAAUUUCAUUAAAAAGGCACAAUCUUGGUAAGCAGAACUUGCCAUCUUCCUCUGAUUUUUAUCGUAGUUUACAGUCUGAGUUUCAAGUGAGUAUUGCUGAGCUAAUGCAUGGGAGUGGAAUUGCGCCGCAACGGGUUUUUGGUGAUAUGAAUGCUUUGGUGACCGGAAUUCAAAUUGAUUCGAGAAAAGUUAGACCGGGUGAUCUCUUUAUUUGUUGUGUUGGGUCCAAAACAGAUGGGCAUAUGUAUGUUGGUGAUGCUAUUAGAAGAGGAGCUGUUGCAGUUUUAGCUAGUAAAAUGAUUGAUUUUGAUGAGAUAUCAAGUUGCGGGGCAGUCUUUAUAGUAGAAAAUACUAACUUGGUGCUCUCUAUAGUUGCUGCUAAUUUCUACAAAAACCCAUCUAAGAGAAUGUCUGUUAUUGGAAUAACUGGAACUAAUGGAAAAACUACGACUGCCCAUUUAGUUAAAGCUAUUCAUGAAACAAUGGGAAUCAAAACCGGAAUGUUUGGCACCGUUGGAUACUAUAUCAAUGGAGAUCAUCCACAGUUGGAGGUCCCAAACACAACUCCCGAUGCAAUAACUGUUCAAGAAUUGAUGGCAAAGAUGGUGCAGAAUGGAUCAAAGGCAUUAGUCAUGGAGGCUUCUUCUCACGGAUUAGCAUUAGGGAGGUGUGAUGAUAUCAAUUUCAAUGUUGCAGUCUUUACUAACUUGACUAGAGACCAUUAUGAUUUUCAUAGAUCUGAAGAAGAGUAUAGAAAUUGUAAGGGGAAAUUGUUUGAGAAAAUGGUUGAUCCGAAUCGUCACCAUAAAGUCGUGAACGUUGAUGAUCCACAUUCAUCAUUUUUCUUAGCUCGAGGGAAUAAGGAUGUUCCAAUUGUGACAUUUGGGAUUGAGAAUAAAGAUGCUGAUGUUUUUCCUAUAUGGUUUAAGCUCUCACUGUCAAGGACUGAAGUUUUGAUCAGCACACCUGGAGGAAUAUUAGAAAUUUCUUCAGGGUUGAUUGGCAAGCACAAUGUGUAUAAUAUUCUUGCAGCGGUGGCUGUUGGAAUUUCGAUAGCUGCUUCGUUGGAGGAGAUUAAGAGAGGGAUAGAAAAUGUUGAUGGGGUCUCGGGUAGGUUUGAGAUAAUUGAUGGGCAACAACCUUUUGGAGUGGUUGUUGAUUUUGCACAUACCCCAGAUGCUUUGGCUAGGGUUUUAGACACCGUAAGAGAAAUGGGUGCCAAGAGAAUUAUUACUGUUUUCGGAUGUGCCGGAGAAAGUGACAGAGGAAAGAGAUCAAUAAUGACAAAGAUUGCAGCAGAUAAAAGCGAAGUAGUUAUCUUGACCUCUGACAACCCGAAGACUGAAAAUCCAUUGAACAUCUUGGAUGACAUGUUGGCUGGUGUUGGGUGGAACAUACUCGAUUAUGUGCAAUACUCUAAACAUGCUGAUUCUGCUCAUCUUCCAAAUGGUCAUAGGUUAUAUGUACAUGAUAUUAGAAGAGUUGCCAUCCGCACUGCUGUAGCGAUGGCAGAGAAAGGUGAUAUAGUUGUUGUUGCAGGCAGAGGUCAUGAAACAUAUCAAUUAGAAGGCAAUAUAAGGAGGUACAUUGAUGACAGAGAAGAAUGCAGAGAAGCAUUGCAUUAUGUUGAUAAACUGCAUCGAGCAGGGCUACACAAGCCAGAUAUGGUUAUGAGGGAGUCGCAGAUAUCCUUUUGCAAAGAUGUUGAGGCUUGGAAUGCAUCAAAGGGAUGGAAUGAUCCUUCUCUUUUUGCUACUGUUUGUUGAGAGUUCCAGGCAAUAGGUAGGGGAUUCGGGAUUGAGGCAGACAUGGAAGAGAUAUGUACCAGAAGUUAUCUUGUGGGUUCAUAGAUGUUAGUUGAAGGGUCCAUUUAUUUUGUUUUUGUUAAUCGAAGGGAGUACGGAUAUUGUUGUUUAGAAGAAUCUUACUUAAUUUUGUAAUGCAUGUAACUUUUUAUAUCAGAAAUUAUUUGUCAAAUCAAUUGGCCCUCUUCUACUAA